UUAUAUACACAUCAGAUCAUAGACCCUUCCCUUAGAGAGCAAACGGCGCUUCGUUCUUCACCAAAAAGGGAGAUAAUAAUCGGACUCCUUCUUCAAAAGAACAAGAACAGUAGCCAUUUCUCCUUCCCUUUUCUGCUUUCGUCUUCUUCGCUAAUCACCAUGAAAGCUGACCAAAACCAGUCCUAAAAACUCCAUCGCUGGCGAACUCGCUGAAAACGAGGGAGGAGCGAUCGCCUAAAGUUGAAACUCACUGUUGUUGCUGUUGCAAAGUAGUUGGGCUCCAUUUUCACGUUUUAAGCUCUAUUUGGGUAAAUUUUGUUGGUUUCGCCAUUGUCAAGUGCUGAUGUACCUUUGGAUUUUUUCUUCGCUAUUAAAAAGAUUUUGGCUCACGAGGUUCAGAAGCAAUGUUUGCUGAUCUCGGACACUUCUCCCAGUUGUCAAUAAAGAUUGCUUUUACUUCCAUAGUUUAUCCAUCACUUAUUCUUGUGUAUAUGGGGAAAGCUGCUUAUCUAUCGUGACAUCAUGUAAUGGAGAGUGACUAUCAGAUUUGCUUCUACGUUUCAAUACCUGAAAAAUUAAGAUGGUCGGUUCUGGUGAUUGUUGUACUGGCUGCAGUAGUGGGGAGCCAAGCCAUUAUUACUGGAACCUUUUCAAUUAUUAAACAAUUCUCUACACUGGGAUGCUUCUCGAGAGUCAAAAUACUGCAUACGUCAUCAACAAUACAUGGUCAGAUUUACAUCCCAGAGAUUAACUGGACCUUAAUGCUACUAUGUUUGGAUGUUACUAUUGGUUUCAGAGACACCAGAAGGAUGGGAAACGCUGCAGAGACACCAGAAGGAUGGGAAAUGCUGCAGAUUCAGGCAUUUUCUAACCCGGUAGCGGGAGUUGAUUGCUCAAAGGUAGAGUCAUCAGAGUUUAGCAAGGUAGCUGCCCGGCGUUCUCAGCAUUUGCUUUUCUCCCUCUUGUUUUUAUUAGACUACUGGUUGCCUCCGUGUCGUGUUAUUGUGGACUAUUACGCCAAGACGGCGACAUUGGCUAUGCCGGGGAUGCCACGGAUGGAGUGGUGA